UUUUUUAUUGCUUAAUAUUUACCUUAUUUAUUUAGAGUAAAUUAUAAAUUAGUUAAAUCAAAUGCUCAUAGUUAUUAGCAAUGAAUUUUAUUAAAACUAAAUUAACAAAAGUUGUACAACUUGGGAAAAAUGCAUUAUAUUCUACUGACACUCAAAAAGGUCUAAUAAAUAAAAAUUUGCUGACCAAACUUCGUAAAGAUACAGGCUAUUCUUUUGUGAAAUGCAAUGAAGCUUUGGCUCGAUUUAACAAUGACACUAUAAAAGCUGAAGAAUGGCUUCAUGAUCAAGCAAAAAAGGAGGGCUGGAACAAAGCUCAAAAAUUAAGUGGUCGAUCCACUGAACAAGGCUUGGUUGGUGUGUUAGCAGAAAAAAAUUUUGUUGCUUUAGUUGAUAUUAGAUGUGAAACUGACUUUGUUUCUAGGAAUGAAUUAUUUCAAAAUUUUGUUGCCGCUACAGCUCGCUUGACUUUAAAGUUGCGUAAAAAUGUUGUUCUGCAAAAUAUGAACCGUUCUUCAUUAGAAAGUCAAGUAGGCCAUCUGAAAGAAGAAAUUAUAAAACAUCAUUUGCUAAGUUCGAUUGAGGAGAACUCAAAUUUAAAACUUGAAGAGCUAAUGACUAAUAUGGUUGGAAAGAUCGGUGAAAAUAUUGUACUUAGGCGUGCUAUAGCUAUGUCUACGUUUUCCUCGAACGUGAUAGGUACAGCAGUUCACGGAAACGUUACUGGAGCUGUAAACGACUGUUUGAUGGGGACCUAUGCCGCUGUUGUGACGUUAAGACCUAAAAGUAGCUGUGACGUAGAACGUGCUGCAUUUUUUGCCAAAGGCAUUGCACAACAUGUCAUUGGAAUGAAUCCUAAAUCAAUCUCUUCUUGCAGUGGGAUAAGUGAGGACGAAUCCUUACUUAGUCAAGACUUUUUAUUAAAUGAUAAAUUUACAGUCGGAUCGCUGUUAGAAAAAGAAAACUUAGAAGUCAUAGACUUUAUGAGAUAUGCUUUAAAUGAUAAUAAGUGAUUUUUUUACAAUAUUUUGAUCUGCUUUAUAUAGAAACAUAUCAAUAUGUUCAAUUAAUUAAAAUAUACGUAUGCUUCGUAUUAUUAUUA